AUGGCAACGACGUUGGGCAGCCACCAAGCCAGUCAUGAAGACCUCCCUCCUACAAAGCCAGCCACGCCAACUGCGACGGCCGUUGACGAGGCGGGACCCCAAGCCCCUAAGAUGACCCACGACUCCAUGGUUACCGUCAGGCUCUCAGAGUCUUCAGCUGCGACUCUCGAAACCGCCGCUUCGUCCGACGCCGAUUCCGAGCAGCUUUCCCCGUCGGCGACGGACUGCCACUCUGUCGACACUGGCAGUGACGAGCAAGAUCGCCCACGGGCCACGCACCGAGACUCGGCCCUCACGCUUUCGCCGACUGCGGCCAGCGUGACCAUGCUAAGCGAACUCGGAGAAUGCAGCACUGAAGGCCACGAAAGCGAUUCUUCAGAAGAAUCGGACGAGGUGAACUGGGAACAGUUAGAGAAGACGGAAGACGAGCAAGUCAAGGACGACGAGACGGAUAAUUCAACGGCGCUUCUCCUCGCGCGGUUGGAGCAGGAGAAUGCGAAGCUAGCUACCAACCCAAAGAGCAUCAAAGUCCAGACCGUGGAAAAGUCGACUGCCGGCAAGCCUCGCCCGCCCUCCAUGGCCCAGCUGAGGCAGAUGAUGCAUGGGCCAGCUCCGCCCGCUCUGCGAUAUUCAAUGCUCCCUCCGCCGCCCAUGACAGACCUCGAGUUCUUCGCAGCUCUUGUCAAGGACUACCAGCAGACUGCCGCACGCCUACCAACCCUCUUGUCCAACAAAAUCCGCAAAGGGAUCCCACCACCUUUGCGGGGCGUGGUGUGGCAGAGCAUGUCCGGUGCCCGUGAUGCGUCCUUAGAAGAACAGUACGACCGGUUUUGUGGCGAGUCCAGCCCCUAUGAGCUCAUCAUUGGAAAGGACCUCGGCAGAAGUUUCCCGGGCGUCGACAUGUUCCGAGAUCCUGAGGGCGAUGGGCAGCGUAUGCUGGGCCGCGUGCUCAAAUCAUUUAGUCUCUACGAUGCCAAGAUCGGUUACUGUCAGGGGUUGGCCUUUCUUGUUGGCCCGUUGCUGAUGCACAUGCCUGACAAGCAGGCCUUCUGCGUCCUAGUCCGACUGAUGGAACGAUACGAUCUACGGGACUGUUUUCUUCCCGAUCUGUCUGGGCUUCAUGUUCGGAUACACCAGUUCCGAGAGCUUCUUCGAUCCAAUCUUCCCGUGCUGUCGAGUCACUUGGAGGAUUUGCAGGUGGAGACGGCCUAUGUAUCGCAAUGGUUCCUCAGCUUCUUUGCCGUGACAUGUCCCUUACCGAUGCUCUUCCGCAUCUACGACGUCAUCUUCGCCGAAGGGGCCUCCGAGACCCUCAUGCGGGUUGCGCUAUCUCUAAUGAGGAAGAACGAGGCGAGGCUGCUGGCGUGCACCGAGCUGGAAGAUGCCAUGCAGCUCCUCCUGUCUCGUGGUCUAUGGGACUGCUACCAUUACAACGCCGACGAGUUUGUUCAAGAUUUUGUGGGCCUCACAGGCGAGGUGACGAGGGAGAAGCUUGCGCAACUGGAACAGGGAUACAGAGAGUCUCUCGUUGCCACUGCCAACGCGGCACGCGUGUUGGACAUCACAACGGCGGCGACUCGCUUCCUCGGCCGCAUCUGGGCGUCGUCAACGAUUGCUAGAACCGCCACGCUCCAGCCCGGGCUCGGAGCCCCCUCGCGCCCGCUGAGCAUGCUGCGGCGCAGCACGUCAAAGCAGAGCCUUGCCUCGACGCUCAACUCAAUGGAGGCCAGCUCGUCCAGCGUCUCCAGCUCGUCCUCGUCGACGGACGCAACAAUCAUGUCCCGCGACUCGGCCAAUUCCUCGGACGACUGUUUAAGCCGCGAGUCUACGCCUGUUGGCUCCAAGUCCAUCGCCAGCGUCAAGACGACGGAUGAGAAAUAUCUCCACAGCCAGAUUGAAGACCUCUUGACAGCCUUGAGCGAGCUGCAACGGAACCACGCUCUCCUCUCGAACGACCUCCAGUUGGAGCGAGAGGGGCGCGAGGAGGACCGCAAGGCGGUUAUAUCACUUCUCGAUGGCCUGAAGAUAAGGGGGAUCGGCCAUGACCGAGCGUCGGCCGAGGAUAGGGCCCAGGACAGCGCCGAGGAAAGCAUCGAGAACAGCGUCGACACGAGCGAACUUGCGUCAUCCAUCAGCAAUGAGGCAGACCAAGCCACUCCAUCGUCGGAUGAAACCGAAGUCGCAACCAGUCCGGAACUGAACCGCCGGAUACACGACAUGGAUCAGGAGAUAGCAUCUCUCAAAGAGCAGCUUCGGGAACGGCAUGGCCAUGUGCGGUCUCUCCAUCAGGACAAGCAGAGACUGGAAAAGCAGGUCCACGCGCUACGAACCAGAGCGUCUGCCAGUUCUGCGUGUGAUGCUAGCAGCCGCGAAUUGGACGCGGAUUGGGCGAACAAGGGCGUCGCGGGCGGCUUGAGAGAGCUCAAACUGGGCCGUAGCCAGUCGACACCGUCCCAGGCCCCCGGGUUCAGCAAAAGAGUGUCAUCACUACCCCGGUCAGAAUCAGCCACGUCGCCAGCGUCAUCCUCGGGCGCUUCUUCGCCCCCCAACGACCACGAAGCAUUGUUAUUGGAGCUUGUCCAAGCCAAGACGGCCGAGGCAAUGGCAAAGCAAGAGGCAGAGGAGGCAAAGCAGAAGCUCGAGGCCGUGCGAAAAGCUCACGGGGUGGGGGCAGGAGACGGCGGGGCUGGCACGACGCUGACACCAUCAAACUCUACAAUUGCGAUGGGAGUGUUGGGCCUCCUGACCGGCGGGGAAUUCUGGGGCUGGCGAAGGUGA